AUGGAGACGAUCAUACAGAAACUGCAAAACCAGCUGGAGACAAUGAAGGAAGCACUCGCCAUGGUCCAAAACACAUUCACCAGCAUCAACGAAACAAGGCAAAAUAUGAUAAAUGAAGCUCGAGUGGAAAUGCCAUACAGGCAUGUUGUCAUCACUGAAACCUUCAUCAACGACCUCGACCAAGACACUGUGCUCAUCCUCGACAUGUUCCAGGCGAUGCAGGAGAACAUGACCGCAACAACCCAUAUCUGCAAGAAAAUCACCAACGACCACCAAGUCCCACGAUGA